UGAAGAUGGGCACAGAGCAAAAACAUUGGGCUAAAGAAAUCAUUCAACGUACGAAAAAACGUGAUAAUAUAACAAAUACUCGUUUUGUACAAAAGAAAAUUAAUCGAUUAACCGAAAGUAUUGCUCAAGCUAGUGCUACCAUCUCAGACUUGCAAAUUCAAUUAACUACAUAUUGGACACAAGUUAAUGUGGAGAAAUUAACUACAACAAUAGCUGAAAAUGUAGCAACUAUUGUAUGUGAAAAAAUAAAUAAUAAUAAAAAAUCAACUACAACAACAGCUGCACCAGCAACAAGUCCUACAACAGCAGCACCAACUACAGCUACGACAACAAAUACUCUUAAAAAUCAAGUUCGUGAGCCUAUAGAAAAAUUAGAAAAAUAUAUAUUAAAAUACGUUUAUACAUAUACACAACAUGUGAAGAAAAUGGCCGAAACUAAAGUUCAAUUAGCCAAAGCUCAAUUAGAUGAAUUUAAAGCUUUAGAAGAAUUUGAACAAAUAGCUACUCCAUCUCAAUGGAAUAUUCAUUUAGCUUUAAAACCUAGAAUAAAACUUUGGUCGGCUAAGAAUAAAAAUUAUUUGGCUGCUCUUAAACGUGUUGAAUAUGAUAUGCCUCCAAAAUUUAUUGAAAAAGUUGAUUUAUCAUUUAAAAUUGAUGAAUCUAUUAUUAAUCAAGAUGAAGCUCAAGCUACAUAUAAUCAAAUGCGUCAAAUUACAAAAGAAUUUCGCACACAAGCAAUGACAUUAUAUGUACAAUCGUUAGGUAGAGAAAAUGAAUUAUUAUCAAAUGAAAUUAAACAUAUUAUUGAAGGCUUUCCUCAAGAAAAUGAUGAGGGAUUUGAUGCUGAACCUGGACAUGCAGCAUUUAAACAUUAUCAUAAUUUACGAGAAAAAAGAUUAAAUUUAGAAGCUGAACAAUCGAUUCAUUUUUUAUCCGAAGAUCGAGUCGAGGGCGAUACAAACAAUCCGGAAGAACAUGAAUUACUAAAAUUAGGCCCUCGGUUUAUUAACAAUGAUCCAAAAACGGCAUCUCGAAGACGUACAACUGAGUUGGCUACUCUUAAACGAAAAAUUGAAGCUCGUUUCUUUGAAAAGAAAGUUAGCCCCGGUCGCCCAGUCGAGCAAUUUAUUGCCGAAUUAGAUGUUCUGCUUCAAAAAUUACAUAAUACCCCUGGAAAUCGUCGAAAAUUAAGAAAUAUAUUAAAUCAAAAUAACAUUUAUGAUAAUUUAGUUUCUGCUAUAGAAUCAAGUCAGUCUCAAUAUAUUAAUUCUAGAAUUAUUAUUAAAAAGAAGAAAAAUUAUGGACGAUUAAUUAAACGUUUAAAAUAUAAGCUUCAUUUGAAAAAUAUUGUUCUUCAAAAAUCUGAUAAAAACAAAGUAUUCCACUUAGGUAAACUCGACGAUUAUCAUAAAAAAUCAGAAGAAUAUAUGGAGAAAACAAAGGCCUACAAAUGCUUAGGUAUUGAAGAUCCAUUACCUGAUCUGAUUCGUCGUACUAAUAAAUAUUUAUUAGAUUUACGACUAGCCAAGUGGAUUACUCAAAAACAAUAUGAAAAAUUAUGUAUUAAUCCAAAUGAAGUUGAACUUGCUCAUUUGUAUUAUUUACCUAAGGCACAUAAGCCUGGUACUCCUCUUCGUCCGAUUAUAUCGGGUCUGAAACAUCCAGCAAUUAAAAUAUCAAAAUUUCUUGAUGAAUUACUUAGGCCUCUAUUUGAUAAAAUGGCUUUAAAGACAACUGUAGCCUCUGGUUUUGAAUUAGUUAAACAGUUGCAAAAAUGGUCAAAUAUCAAUAUGCGUCAAGAAACUUUAUUUUGUACAGUCGAUGUAGCAGACCUUUAUACAAUGGUACCUUAA